UAUGUCCAUUUGGUAAUAUGUCUGAUCCAGGAACUUCGAAAGCAUUUCUUGCUUCUAUCGGGCAAAAAGUGUCUGGAACAAAUAACGAGUUGCAAAAUCGUGUUAUUCUUUACUCAGAACAUGCUCAGCUUCUUAAGCGUUAUCGCCUUAAGUAAGACACCUUAAAAAAGUACAAAGCAAUUUUCAACCGCAAAUUGCCUGUAGAUGAGGUGAAUAGUAUUAGUGGUGUGUGGGUUGUUGGAUGUUAUCCCCCAGUCUCGGAAACUCAGCUUUACACUUACAUACAAACAUACUGAUCGUGAGUUUUUAUUUGAUAUACUGUAUUUCAAAACAUAGCUCAUAUUUUCAGGCUGUUACAGUUGGGACCCUGACAGCGAAAGAAAAUCUGUAUAUCCGAGCUCAUGUCAGAAGCUCGUACAACAAUCUUGUGACCAGAGUGGCCAUAUUGAAAGUCAAAUUUGGAAUUCCUCACUUGGCAUAUUGUGAUUGCCUUAUUGGCAAAUCAAGAAUGUGCUCCCAUGUAAUUGCCAUAAUAUACCAAUAGAUAAAUAUUAAAAAAACAGACAAUGCAAUUCUUGAAACUCAGGUUACGAAUUUACCUAUGCAGUGGCACAAGCGAGGAAAAAGGACAUCUGCGGCUAUGCUCCCCAUACAAAAAAUUCAGCGAUGCCAGAUAUUAGGAAUAUUUCGUUAAACAAAGAAAAAACAGUUGUAGAAAUACAUUGGGGCGAUGACCAUAAAAGCAGCUGGGAUGCAAUAUUGUUGCGUUUGUACUGCCAAUGCGACCGCUGCGUUGACAAAAUUUGCUUAAGUUCACUCAAUGAAGACACCUUUGUGCAGUCAGUUAAGCUGGAUACAGCGCCAACUGAUAAUGAUCUCUUGGUGGAAAUUGGAAAUGAUAUCUUUGAUAAACACGUGACAAAAAUUUCAUUGACAUGGCUCAGGCUAAACUGUUACUGUGAUUUGUGUCUUAAUAAUGCAAUUGCUGAAAGACAAACGUCUUUUGUCGAUCCGCAAAUUAGUUUCAUACCAUCUGUUGAAUAUAGCAGAAUUGUAGACGACAGGGAUGCGGGAUUGUUCGAGGUGGCAGAACGGGUGAUGAAAGUCGGAUUCUGUGUGAUAAAAGAUACUCCAACGGUGGAAGAAACAGUUAUCAAGGUCGCAGAAAUGUUUGCUCCAGUGCACGAAACUGUAACGAAUAAAAUGUUCAAUGUUCGAAUCCAACCUGGUCCACGAAACACCGCUCAUACUGCACUCGGUCUCUGUUACCACCAAGAUUUACCGUGGUAUGAAACGGAGCCAGGAGUCCAGUUUCUGCAUGCUCUGAAAUUUGAUGAAGACAUCGAAGGUGGAGAGUCUCAAUUUGUGGAUCUAUUUCAAGUGGCAGAAAUUUUAAGAAAGGAAGAUCCCGAAGCAUUCAAUGAUCUCGCGAGAAUUCCAGCAACUUAUGAAACAAUCGAUUACAUUCGAGCAAAACCUGCUCAUUACGAGACACUAAAACCACAUAUUGAACUGGAUUAUUUCGGAAAUGUUGUAGCUUUGCAUUGGAAUCCGGGUGUGGAAGGAACACUGCGAGCAAAGGGUGAUGACGUGAAGAAAUAUUACAGAGGCUACAACAAACUUUUGGGAAUCAUAAGACGGAAAGAACUUGAGUGGGCAUUCAGAAUGGAUGCUGGUGACAUUAUUGUCUUCAACAAUCAUCGAAUGGUACACGCAAGAAAAGCGUAUUCUUCGAAAGAAAAUGGACAGCGACAUUUGCAGGGUUGCUACAUCAGUUUGGACGAGUUUCGUAGUGUGUAUGUUACACUUGGAGAAUCGCUGAACAGAGAAGUCCCGUUGUUCAAAGUUGGCAAUAAGAGCAGUUUCUAAUUAAUAUACAUAAUUGUAUUUUCUUAAUGUAUAUAUAAAAAAUAAAUUUAUCUAAUUUAAAUCAAAGUGGAUAUUAUAUAUACAGUUUUACUGUACUGUACAAUAU